AUGUCGUCUUCCAACGCCCCCAAGCCUGCCAAUCUGGCUCCUCCCCAAUCCCGACCGGGGCACUCUCGCAGCGGUUCAGCAACGAGCGUCAAGUCUGCCAGCGAGCACUUUGCUGAGAGCGUUCGACCCUCGGUCUCUGCCCGCGAGUCUCAAGCUGAGCUUCCUGCCCCAGCUCGGCACAUGGCUGGCCCAACUCGUCCACCCAAUACCCCACGACAGCCCUCAAGCGACAACUUCCGAUCUGGUUUGGCCGGGCCAGUGACGGACGAGUAUCAUGCUGAUACGCUCAUCCCCGGCACUGCCGUCACCGAGAUCCUCGCAGGCUACACGGGAAAAUCCUUCAAAGUGCACACCGACCUACUCAAGUCGCGCUCCCCAUACUUUGCCGACCUCUUCUCGGUGUCAAUCCCUACCGGUCCGGCGUCAGCGCUCUCCUUCCCAGAUCUGGAUGAGUUUGCGUUUGCACUCUUCGUGCGAUGGCUGUACGGCGCCGACCUGCGCGGCCCUAACGACUUCCACAGCAUGCAGCACUACAUGUGCCUCUACGUCCUGGCGACGCGCUUCCAGAUCGAGCGGCUCAGGAACGACGUCAUGGACCAGGUGCGCGCCUAUUACCGACGCGCCAACAUGACAGCUGCCCCCUACCGCCUCGAGUACGUGUACGAGGGCACGCCGGGCCCCAACCACAUGCGCCGCUUCCUCAUCAGCACUGCCGCCUACCGUUACCUGUGCGAGCGCGAGCCGAAGCUCUCAGACAGUAUGCGCGGGGUCGUGGCGAAAGGUGGCGACCUCGCCAUCGACUUCGCCGAGGCUCUGGCGUGCUUGCACCAAAACGAGCUGGUCGACGUACGGAAGGGCCUCGAUUGCGCGUUCCACGACCAUGUGGAGACGCCGGCGUGUAAGGCGCGUGUUCCGGAACCUUAUGAGUGA